AUGUCAUCAGAUGGUCGCUGCCUCUGUCCGACGAGUGAACAACACGGAGCAUGCAGUUGUAUAGCAGCUGAUUGGAAACGAGUACGACUACAACGCAUUGAAUCGCCUGCGACAGUGGUAAACGUCACUAUUCCUCCAAUUGCACGACCAGCCGAGGAAAAUAAAUAUUGGCCGCUUUACGCUGUCGUCAUCGCGCUGUGUCUUCUGCUUGCGUUGUGUGCGAUAAUCACAGUGUUCUUGAUGUUCUACAGAAAAUACACCAAACGCGGAAAGUCCGUACGUAUACGUUUCAUAUCCGAUCAUAUCAACAGUAACGGUAUGGUAGCUGCCGAACCCCGUGCUCCGUUGAUUUACAAUUGU